AUGAGCGCCUCAAUAGAAUCCAAAAUGUCUUUUUGGGUGCACCCAAACAAUCAUGAUGCAGAGACAUACAAGUUGUAUAUAAAUCGUCUUGUUUUUAUAGAUACUGCAGAGGAUAGUAGACGAUGGUUGGCCCGUGCAAAAAAACAGUGGGGGUUUGAUCAGCCCAUCGCCAUUCGCGUGAUGAACGAGUCGGAACACCUGGGCACUACAACUCCCCAAAUGAUUGGGAGUCACGCUGGUUGGACGGGUAUUAGUUGGACGGGGGACGCGAAUGAUGGGGUGGGCAUUGACGUCCCCAAUCAUCAGGGGCCAAUGUUGGUGUUGGAGGUCGUAGGGGGAAAGAGCACACUCUCAAUAUACGGAACGGGGUUAAUCAAUAGCUCCGGAAUGGCAACAGAGAAACGACAGUAUGCCAAAUAUUGCGUUCAUCUAUUUCCAACUCAGACCACUUUUGAUUCGGAGACGGUGUUUGCCGUUGUUGAGGCGGAGAUACGCAGCUGCGCGUGGGAUGGACGUCAUGGAGAUGAAUUUGCUCCAUUGGAGUACAACUUUGGUUCUGUGCGAGUGUCCACAUUGGAUUUCUACUUUCCUUCCUUUAUGUUGACUGGAACAGGAGAGUAUAUCGUUUCUAAUUUGGUUUGUGCAAUGAAUAUGACGGAAAACAGUGCAUUAGCCAUGCAAUUAGUACCCCUCAUGGAUGCACGUGAUUACAUUUCGGUAGAGCCUGCCCAAGUUAUCACGGUAAAACCUCAACAACGAGUAUAUUUUACUGCGACAUGGAGUAUUGCUGAACGGGCAUGCAUGAAAGAACUUCAAGUGCAGCUUGUUGUUAAUGGUUCACAGCCUCCUUCCGCCCCUAUUAAUAUUAGUGUUCAUAAUUGUCCUCCCCAGCUAAAGUCAACGGACACACCGUACCACUACUGGUUAAACACAACAUGUGUCACAAACAGACAGUUUUCUCUAUCACAGGAGUUUUCAUUGGUGUUUGCACUUUUGCCUGUGUUUCGCUUCGUCUUGAAUGGUCGGGUGGCCGGACUGGGUGCGGAGGGCGUUAUUGUUGCUCUGGAUAAGGACAAAGGGGAAAAUGUCUUGGUGCGUGCAGACGGUGUUCCUGUCGUUAAUGUAUUGAGUGCUGGUUUAUCGACGUCAUUGUUUGAUUCAAGCUUUGAAAAUAAUGCUUGGGCACAGGCGGAAAAAAAAGCAUGGAGUAUGCCGGAUGAUGGAAAGCAAUUUGCACUCGAUACACUCUCUAUGAAUCUCUUAGAAAAGACAUGCCAGUGUACUAUUCAUCUCGGAACUAUACGCGGCUUCCCAAUGGUAUACGAGGUAUCGACAGGUAUCUCUCCUUCUUUCCAAGUGAGCAUUACGCUACUGGAUCAAAAAGGCUGGCAAGUGGUGAAAGGGGAGACGAAGGCAAGGUAUCAAAGCGCAAGCGGCAGUUUGCGCUGGGAUGACCAGCUUGUUCUAAGAAAGUGGCCAGGUGCCAGUUCAAAGCAAUUUGCACGACUGAAUCUUACAGAGGUUCGUCCGCGAGAUGGUGAUGAGACACCAAUUGGCGCAGCAUUGGUGUCGCUUUACCGCCUUGACCGCACACGUCUUCAUGUAGGCAUCCAAUUGGCCUUUCAUGUGUACGAGACCUAUUCUUUGUAUGAUACCUUGCAUUCCUCGAGUCUCCUCAUGACAGACGCAUUCAUCACUUUCUCUGAACUUCCUUUCUAA